AUCCAGUUUGCUGACCAGAAGCAGGAAUUCAAUAAGCGCCCGACGAAAAUCGGCCGCCGCUCGCUGUCCCGCUCCAUCUCACAGUCAUCAACGGACAGCUACAGCUCAGCUGCCUCCUACACCGACAGCUCCGACGAUGAGACCUCCCCCCGAGACAAGCAGCAGAAGAACUCCAAAGGCAGCAGUGAUUUCUGUGUGAAAAACAUCAAACAGGCAGAAUUUGGGCGUCGAGAGAUCGAAAUCGCUGAGCAAGAAAUGCCUGCACUGAUGGCAUUGAGGAAGAGAGCUCAGGGAGAAAAGCCACUGGCUGGGGCCAAGAUUGUGGGCUGCACACACAUCACAGCCCAGACAGCGGUCCUGAUGGAGACCCUGGGUGCACUGGGGGCCCAAUGCAGGUGGGCUGCAUGCAACAUCUACUCUACCCUCAAUGAAGUGGCUGCUGCCCUCGCUGAGAGCGGAUUCCCCGUCUUCGCUUGGAAAGGAGAAUCUGAAGACGAUUUCUGGUGGUGCAUCGAUCGCUGCGUCAACGUGGAGGGGUGGCAGCCCAACAUGAUUUUGGACGACGGAGGAGAUCUCACUCAUUGGAUCUACAAGAAAUAUCCCAACAUGUUCAAGAAGAUCAAGGGGAUCGUAGAGGAGAGCGUCACCGGUGUGCACAGGCUCUACCAGUUGUCCAAAGCAGGGAAACUCUGCGUCCCAGCCAUGAAUGUAAAUGACUCAGUAACGAAGCAGAAGUUUGACAACCUGUACUGCUGCAGAGAGUCCAUCUUGGACGGCCUGAAGAGGACGACAGACAUGAUGUUCGGAGGGAAGCAGGUGGUGGUGUGUGGCUAUGGGGAGGUGGGCAAGGGCUGCUGUGCGGCACUGAAGGCCAUGGGCUCCAUCGUCUACGUGACUGAGAUCGAUCCCAUCUGUGCCCUGCAGGCCUGCAUGGAUGGGUUCAGGCUCGUGAAACUCAAUGAAGUCAUCAGACAGGUGGACAUUGUCAUCACCUGCACAGGCAACAAGAAUGUAGUGACCAGGGAGCACCUGGACCGGAUGAAGAACAGCUGCAUCGUCUGCAACAUGGGGCACUCCAACACUGAGAUUGAUGUGGCAAGCCUGCGCACACCUGAGCUGACCUGGGAGCGGGUGAGGUCCCAGGUGGACCACGUCAUCUGGCCAGAUGGGAAGCGAAUAGUGCUGCUGGCGGAGGGCCGCCUGCUGAACCUGAGCUGCUCCACAGUGCCCACCUUCGUGCUGUCCAUCACUGCCACUACGCAGGCUUUGGCUCUGAUAGAGCUGUACAAUGCUCCUGAGGGCCGCUACAAGCAAGACGUGUACCUGCUGCCAAAGAAAAUGGAUGAGUAUGUGGCGAGCCUCCACCUCCCGACAUUCGACGCCCACCUGACAGAGCUCACGGACGAACAGGCCAAGUACCUGGGGCUGAACAAGAACGGGCCCUUCAAACCCAACUACUACAGGUAUUAAGUUCCUGCCACUGUAGCCACGAGGAACAGAACCCAAAUCCUUUCUCAACUACUGUACAGGAUGAAGCAGCGCAAGCUUGCUACGCUCGAGCCGGGCUUGCUCUCGUAGUAGACCGUGUGUUAGGUUAUUUAUUUAUUGAAUUAGAGUUCUGUGCGCGGCUCUGCCUCGUGUUCGUGCUGCCGCGGACUGGGAGACGCUCCGUUUCUUUCCCUUCGUUUCGUUUCUCUCUUUUUGGUCGUUCCCAUUCGGGGCUGUGUGAGGAUGAGGGUGAGGAAGGAGCUGAUAGGGUGGGGACUCCCCGGCGCUGCGCUGCUGCUCCGUUCCCAGUGCCAAGCUUUGCCGUGAACCAAAGUUUCCUUCCUGCUGCUCGCGCUGCUCCGAAUUACGGCCGGAGCGCAACGGCCGACAGCAUCCACGUCAGGUCCUCUGCAGCCUCAUUGGGAACACGCAGAGUCUGAUUUCCCGGUGACAUUCCUCCAUCAGAUCCAUCAAACCCCCUCUGGGCGGAGGAGCCACUUGCACCCUGUUGGUGUAGAGUUGGGAAUUGCGAUCGUUCCGCGGUGCCAAACCGCGACGCGUUGGAGACAAUGGAGGUUGGCCAACUGUUGGCCACAAAGUGGAGCUCCAGGGCGGUGUCCCAGCACUCCACGUCCCGUAGGCACCGCUCGAUCCAAGCAACUUCCUGAAGAAUCCUUCAUCCACCUCUGGUCGCUGCCUGCUGCAGGUCCUCGCCGUGUCCUCAACGUCACUCACGCACAAGAAAGGAGGAACUGUGGAAGCACGGCCCCGCAGCCACAUCCUGCAGCAAACAGUUCUUCCUGCUCCAGAACUGUGCCCAGAUUUGAGAUUUUGGGAAGAGUCCACGGAGCUGUUGGAUGUUUUAUGCUGGGGGCAGCACUGGGCCGAGCGUCCAUAUGUUGAGUGUUCCUACUCUAAGCUUCCCAACACUGAGCGUCCCUAUGUGGCUCAGUUUCCCAGUGCUGAGUAUCUACACACUGAGCACCCCAGCGUGGAGCUCAGCCCCCCAACAAUGAGCUCAGCACCCAACUUGGAUUUCUGGACCCCAACAAUGAGCUCAGCACCCAACUUGGAUCUCUGGACCCCAACAAUGAGCUCAGCACCCAACUUGGAUCUCUGGACCCAAACAAUGAGCUCAGCACCCAACUUGGAUCUCUGGACCCCAACAAUGAGCUCCGCACCCAACUUGGAUCUCUGGACCUCAACAAUGAGCUCAGCACCCAACUUGGAUCUCUGGACCCCAGCAUGGAGCUCAGCACCCCAACAUGGAGCUCUGGAUCCCCACAUGGAGCUCAGCACCCCAGCCAUGAGCUCAGCACCCCACACUGAGCUCUUCACUGCCCCAGGAUCAUCUCUCCCGGCGGCCGUGCCGAUUUCUAAGCCCUCAUUUAUCUUCAUUUAUCUUCCAGGUGAUAGGACAAAAAAAGAAUUUUUUUUAAAUUACCCCCAAAAUGGCCCCACCUUUUCCCACCUCUAUUUUUAAAGUUCUUCUCCGUGUCAUUCUGCUUCUCCUGUCAGCUUUUCCGCUUGCUUGGCUUUUCCUAAUCAAUCUGGAAUUAUAAUAUUCUGUGAUCAUCUCUAAAUUAAAAUGUGUAAUUUUUUUUUCUUCUUUUUUUUUUUAAUGUAACACAUUUUUAAAGAAUUAGGAAAAGGAGAUUUAGGUAACACCAGCAAAAUCGCAUAAGGAAAAUAAUUCAGUUCUGAUCUUUAGAAACAAAUGAGACAAACCCAUCAUCGUCAGCUGCAGAGAGGGCAGCAAAACUUGGAGAACAUUUUCAAAAGGAUGUUUUAAUUAUUGAUGUCUGAGUGAUUGUAUUAGAGCAGCAAUAAAGACUCUGUAAUCUCAAAACAGAAAUAAAACAUUGGAAAACCGA